AUGACAUAUUCUGUGUAUGAAAUGGAGAGAUUUCAAGGAACAGGUUUACCAAAUGAGCAACAAGCUUCAUCGCUCACUCAGCAGCCAGAGCAUGGAGUAAUUCGCUCCAGAACCAACACUUAUGAAGUGCUGGAGUUCUUGGGCAGAGGCUCAUUUGGGACUGUGGUGAAAUGUUUGAAAACAGGAACAAACGAACAAGUAGCCAUCAAAAUCUUGAAGACCGAACCCUACUUUGCUCGGCAAGGUCAGAUUGAAGCAAACGUACUGCAUCUGCUAAAUCAGCAUGACCCAGACAAGUUUAAUAUUGUGAAAACCUCCGAGUGUUUCCAGUACCAGGGUCAUAUGUGCCUUGUGUUUGAGCUGCUGCAGCAGAGUCUCUAUGAUUUCAUGGAGGAAAACAGGUUUAGGCCGAUGGCUCUGGAAGACAUUCGACCUGUUGUGCAGCAAGUGGGCAUCGCUCUUCAAAAGCUGACAAGUCUGGGGAUCAUUCACACGGACUUGAAGCCCGAUAACAUAAUGAUGGUGGACCCUUCCAAGCAAUCAUCCAAGGUGAAGGUGAUAGACUUUGGAUCGGCAUGUCAUGUGUCCAAGGCUGAAUGUAAAAGCUAUCUGCAAACUAGAUAUUACAGGUCCCCAGAAAUUAUUUUGGGAUUACCCUUCACAGAGGCAAUUGAUGUAUGGUCACUGGGGUGCAUCAUGGCAGAGCUUUUCCUAGGACGCCCUUUGUAUCCUGGAGCAUCUGAGUUUGAUCAGAUCCGCUAUAUCUCCCAGACCCAGGGUUUGCCGGCAGAACAUCUGCUGAACAGGGGAGCAAAGACUCAAUAUUACUUUGAUAAGUAUGAUGAGUCUCCAUCUAAAUCCUGGAGGUUAAAGAUUCCCGAUGAUUUUGAAAUGUGGACCGGGAUUAAAUCAAAAGAAACUAGGAGAUACAUCUUCAAAAGUCUAGAUGAGAUAGCACAGAUGAAUAUAAGAUCUGACCUGUCGGGCACUGACAGGCUGGUGGAGAUGGCUGAUAGGGAGCAGUUUAUUGAUCUUCUCAAGAAAAUGCUGUGUAUCGAUGCUAGCAAGAGGAUCACUCCCACCGAGAUUCUCAGCCAUCCAUUCAUCACUAUGUCACAUCUUCAGGGAUUUAAACACAGUUCUCAUGCAAAAUCAUGCUUUGAGGCCAUGCACAUCUGCAACUAUCUGGUGAGUAUAUAUUACAUUGUGAAUUAUCCUCCUGCUCAUUUCAUGAGAGCUUCUACCAGUCAUGUGACCAUGCCCGUUGCUCACUCCCCGAAUGUGGGCGUAUCUCAGCCAACCUGCGGCACAUUCGGACGCAAGAGGAAACGUCAGUCCACCGAGAGGAAUGACAAUUCUCCUCAACAUUCAAAAUGUAGGAAAAACAACUCCAUCUAUUGUGGGCCUUCACUUCCGUGCUGCUCAGGAGGUUCCUCUGUUAAUCAGCCAGAAAUAAUUGUUAUUCCAGACACUCCAAGUCCAGCAAUCAGUAAUAUUUCUAUAAGUAGCAGUACGGAAGACGAGCAAGUACCUGUCUCCUCCAGAUAUUCUGUGUAUGAAAUGGAGAGAUUUCAAGGAACAGGUUUACCAAAUGAGCAACAAGCUUCAUCGCUCACUCAGCAGCCAGAGCAUGGAGUAAUUCGCUCCAGAACCAACACUUAUGAAGUGCUGGAGUUCUUGGGCAGAGGCUCAUUUGGGACUGUGGUGAAAUGUUUGAAAACAGGAACAAACGAACAAGUAGCCAUCAAAAUCUUAAAGACCGAGCCCUACUUUGCUCGGCAAGGUCAGAUUGAAGCAAACGUCCUGUCCCUGCUAAAUCAGCAUGACCCGGACAAGUUUAAUAUUGUGAAAACCUCCGAGUGUUUCCAGUACCAGGGUCAUAUGUGCCUUGUGUUUGAGCUGCUGCAGCAGAGUCUCUAUGAUUUCAUGGAGGAAAACAGGUUUAGGCCGAUGGCUCUGGAAGACAUUCGACCUGUUGUGCAGCAAGUGGGCAUCGCUCUUCAAAAGCUGACAAGUCUGGGGAUCAUUCACACGGACUUGAAGCCGGAUAACAUAAUGAUGGUGGACCCUUCCAAGCAAUCAUCCAAGGUGAAGGUGAUAGACUUUGGAUCGGCAUGUCAUGUGUCCAAGGCUGAAUGUAAAAGCUAUCUGCAAACUAGAUAUUACAGGUCCCCAGAAAUUAUUUUGGGAUUACCCUUCACAGAGGCAAUUGAUGUAUGGUCACUGGGGUGCAUCAUGGCAGAGCUUUUCCUAGGACGCCCUUUGUAUCCUGGAGCAUCUGAGUUCGAUCAGAUCCGCUAUAUCUCCCAGACCCAGGGUUUGCCGGCAGAACAUCUGCUGAACAGGGGAGCAAAGACUCAAUAUUACUUUGAUAAGUAUGAUGAGUCUCCAUCUAAAUCCUGGAGGUUAAAGAUUCCCGAUGAUUUUGAAAUGCGGACCGGGAUUAAAUCAAAAGAAACUAGGAGAUACAUCUUCAAAAGUCUAGAUGAGAUAGCACAGAUGAAUAUAAGAUCUGACCUGUCGGGCACUGACAGACUGGUGGAGAUGGCUGAUAGGGAGCAGUUUAUUGAUCUUCUCAAGAAAAUGCUGUGUAUCGAUGCUAGCAAGAGGAUCACUCCCACCGAGAUUCUCAGCCAUCCAUUCAUCACUAUGUCACAUCUUCAGGGAUUUAAACACAGUUCUCAUGCAAAAUCAUGCUUUGAGGCCAUGCACAUCUGCAACUAUCUGGUGAGUAUAUAUUACAUUGUGAAUUAUAACAGAAUUACAUUAUAUUAA